AAUUAAUUUCGCUUGGCAAACACGGUGUAAUGUGAACGGAAGCGAGAAAAUCCACAGCUAAUCAAUACAAAAAGUCAACUCGGCAUAUCAGUACCACGACUAGCAGAUUUCCUGCCAUAAAGAAACUUAUGAAGACGACAAACAAGUUCAGAAGCAGUUUUGGAAGGAACCAAUGCAUGUACGGUGACAUUUAGCGAUAUUUCCACUGUCCUGACACAUCCUUAAUCAGUUUUACUAUAAUCAUAAUUAACUUGCUUUAGGUGAUAAAUUGUUACUUCCCCCCACCCCCUCUUUCACAAACCACUCUUAACGCCUAGAAAAGAAACUAAAAACACACCCCUACUACUCUUGUAUGAUACGGUAUUUUCAUUCUCCUCUUCCUGUGAAUCAUGCAGGUAACCGCAAAUUUCUCCCUAAGAGCAGAAGUUCGGAUCCUCAAGACUAAUUUCAAGAAAGUAGCACCGACUCUUGCCAUUUAGUCUUUUUUUUUUUUUUUUUUACCACAUUGAACCUUAUCCAUCUCAGUCCAAAAGAAGAACCAAAAGCACCAAACCAAACCAAACCAAACAAAUAACAAUAAAAAAAAGUUUCACUUGCGUGCCCACAGACACCAUUCUUAAAGAAGCCCAAACACAAAGGACAAAAAGCUCUCCCUAUGAUGUUAGCAAAAACAACAUUCGAGCUUUGAGCAGGCAGAGAGAGAGAGAGAGAGGGAGAGCAUGCAUCUCACUUCCCUCUUCGCAUCAUCGCCAGCCCACAACCAACCAAUUUCUCUCCCUCUCUUCUCUUAACUAUUUUGCCCAUCAAAACCUCUCAAGCCCGCCAUCAAAAAAGCACACAGUUUCACAAAACCCACAUCUCAUCAUCAUCAACAACAACAACAAACCAUAUAUAACCGACUGCCCAACAGCUCGCUCGCUCGCUCGUAUUUCAGACACAACCCCACAAAUCGGAAUCCAUGCAAACGGUCUACACCGGCCGCCGUCCGGCUCGAGGGCAGCAGCAGCCGGGUCCUUCAUCGGGCACCCGGUCGCCGAAGACCCGGUCCAUGAUGACCCGGUACCACGAGCCGGCCCUGGCGCCGAACCAGUGCGGCUCGAGCAUCGUCCAGGUCAUCGACGCGCCCCUGCCGCGCGUCUGGUCCGUGAUCCGGCGCUUCGACGCCCCGCAGGCCUACAAGGGCUUCAUCAAGAGCUGCAGCCUGGUCGCCGGCGACGGCGGGGUCGGCAGCGUCAGGGAGGUCCGGCUCAUCUCCGGCCUGCCGGCCAACACCAGCCUGGAGCGGCUCGACCGGCUGGACGACGACCUCAAGGUGAUGGUGGUGAGCAACAUUGGCGGGGAUCACAAGCUCGUCAACUACCGCUCCACCACCACCUUGCAUGACGAGGAGGGGGCGGCGGCGAGGACGGUGGUGAUCGAGUCGUACGUUGUGGAUGUGCCUGAGGAUAGCUGUGAGGCGGACACGUGUUCGUUUGCCGAUACCAUCAUCGGGUGCAACCUCAAGUCUCUCGCCAGGAUUACUGAGAAUAAGAAGAAGAAGGCGGUCGAUUAAUUAGGGGGGUGAUUUUUCUCUUAAUUAUUUUUUAGUGUUGUUUCUAUUGUUCAAUAGUUUUCGUUAGGAGGGUUAGGGUGUUGUUGUGAGAUAUAUAAUUACCGUCGAAGAAUUGAGUCGUCAAAUUGUAAAAAGAUGGUAUUAUUAUAAUAAUAGGUUAACUAUGUUGAUUAAUAAUAAUAAUAAUAAUAAUAAUGUAUUUCG